CUGAUCAUGUCCAAAAUUCUCCAAGUCUUGCUUGGUCUUGCGCCNCUUACUGCAGCCUUCCCUGCCAGUGUUCUGGAAGCUGUCAAGUUCCACCCUGGGCUUCAAGCUCGUGCCAACGAGAUCCUUCAAGAGAGACAAGCUGGCGCCGCUGCUGCUCAGGCUAUCUUUGAGCCAAUCCCUAUCUUCAACGCUGAGGAACAAUACGUCAAUAUCAGUGCAGGAAGUGGACACGAAUAUGUUGCACCAGGCCCGAACGAUCUGCGCGGUCCCUGCCCUGGAUUGAAUGCGUUUGCAAACCACAACUUUCUGCCGCACAAUGGCUAUGCUACCAUCCAACAAUUCAUCGAUACCACUACUGAGGUCGUGGGUAUGGGAGCCGACCUCGCCGCCUUCCUGGCUGUCUUGGGGGCCGCUGUCGAUGGCGAUGGCACGUCGUGGUCGAUCGGUGGCACACCAGGCCCAAGUGUUGGUGGUCCUCUCUCCGGUCUAGGCAACGGGAUCUCUGGCUCGCACAACAAGUACGAGAGCGAUGCUUCGCCAACUCGUCCCGAUCUGUACGAAGCAGGCAAUGACUACAAAACUGUUGCUAAGCAAUUCGAGCAACUCAUCAGCAUGUCACCUGGCGGUCAAGUGACUCUCGAAAGUCUCACUUCGUUCCGCUCGGUGAGGUUUGACACCCAGAUUGANUACACCUUCAUCUACCGCUUCAUGGCCAAUCACUCGGCCGAAGCACCGUACGGCUACCUAAGCUACGAUACAAUCAAAUCUUGGUUUGGCAUUACUGGCUCACAGGGCUCGUAUGUGGCAAACCAAGGUCAAGAGCAAAUCCCCGACAACUGGCUAAUGAUUGUCCCANNGUACAAACGCGCGAUCGCAUACCCUUACUCAAUUCCCUACUUCACUGGAGACCUUGUAAAUGCAGCACUUCUUCACCCCAAGUUCCUAAACAUCGGCGGUAACCUCGGCAAGACCAACACUUUCACUGGUGUUGAUGUCACCAAUCUCACAGGAGGCGUUUUCAACGCCGCAGGGUUGCUCCAGGGCAACAAUGCCGCUUGCUUCGCGUUCCAAUUCGCCGCACAAGCCAAGCCAGAUAUCGCCCUGAGCAUAUUCAACGUGAUAAAUCAGGCCCUCGGCAGCGUACUGAGCGUGUUGGGCUGUCCACAGUUACAGCACAUUGAUGAUGAGCAGCUGAAGCAGUUCCCCGGAUAUCAGAAGAGUACUUAG